AUGCCCCUCACCCCCAAGGCUGGAGGCAGGGCAGAGGAAGAACGCUACUGGGAGGCCUACGUCCAAGUUGAAGACCUCCCCGCACGCGUCCCUCGCAGUCGAAUUCUGCCGACCAACUUGGAACAGAGCCAAGGACUCAGCUCCGCGAACGUCGAGGAGGCGCGCAAACUGUGCGGGUUCAACCGCUUGUCGCCGCCCAAGACCGUGCCGGACUACAUUCUGUUCCUGCAGCAGUUCCUCGACAUGUUCAUGAUCCUGCUGAGCGUCGCGGGGCUUCUCAGCCUCAUCGCGUACUUCAUCGACACCUCCACGACUCUCAACUUGUAUCUGUCGCUGGUCCUGUUCGCCAUCGUGAUCGUCACCUGCACCAUCACGUUUCUCCAAGCGAGGUCGACCAGCAAGGUCAUGGAUUCGUUCAAGAACAUGCUCCCUCAGCAAUGCACGGUGGUCCGCGACGGCACCAGUCAGAUCAUUCCGGCCGAAGAGCUGGUGGUGGGUGACCUCGUGUGGGUGCGCAAUGGUGACAAGGUGCCGGCCGACCUGCGCAUUCUACUGUGCAACAACCUCAAGGUCGAGAACUCGUCGCUGACGGGGGAGUCCGAGCUGAUCCCCAUCACAUCGGACGCCAUGGAGCAGUCGGUGGCUCACUUGGAGUGCAAGAACGUCGUAUUCAACGGCUCGCUUUGCUUCGACGGGUCUGCGUUGGGUCUGGUGUUGACAAUUGGCGACAAAACAGUGAUCGGACGGAUCGCCGAGCUGGCUACGUCGACGACUACGCGCGAGACCAACAUGCAGCGCGAAGUGAAGGCGUUCGUGCGCUUCAUCAGCGUCCUGGCCGUGGUUAUGGCUGGGAUCCUGUUCGCGGUCGGCGUCAUCCGAAAGGGUGGAGAGGACGUCAUGUCCACGUUCGUCAACGGCUUCUUGGUCAUCAUCGUUGCGAAUGUGCCCCAGGGUCUCCCCGCAACGGUAACCUCAUUGUUGACAAUCACUGCGAGUCGGAUGGCAGCGCGCAAUGUAUUCGUUAAGCGACUCGACUGUGUGGAGACCAUGGGCACUAUCUCGUUGAUCGCUACGGACAAGACAGGUACGCUAACCAAGAACGUCAUGACUGUCACGGACACGUGGGCGGGUCGAGAGUUCGCGGCUCAGCCGUCGGGCGACCGCGUCGUGAUCGAGUUGGACGACAAGACCGACUACUUGACUGGAGUGACCCCCAAGGCGGUUCUGGCUCGUGGUGCUGCGCUCUGCAGCCGGGCAGCUCCUGACACGGCUGCUACUGACAACAACAAGGCGGCGGCUACCGACGCUCUGGUCGAUGGUAGCGACGAGAAAAUGGCUGGAUCAGUUCGACCGUCCGGGGUCAGGAACUCGUUCAGUCUGUCUCGGCUAAGCUUCCAAAGCCACUUGUCGGUCCGCGAGCAGCCUAAAGUCCUGGCGAAGCGCCAGUACACGGGCAACCCGUCCGACAUUGCGCUUCUCCGCUUUGCCGACUCGAACUUCUCGUCCGACAUCACGCGCAAGGAGUAUCCACUAGUCUUUGAGAUCCCAUUCAACUCGACCAACAAGUGGCAGCUGGUGAUUGUGCCCGCCCCGAACGAGAAGCACUCGCUACGCAGCUUCGACGUGUUCAUGAAGGGCGCGCCAGAAGUGAUCGUCAAGCGCUGCAGUACCAUCCUAUCGUCAACCGGCGAAGAGCUUCCGAUGACCGACGCCAUGAUCCAGGAAUUCACCCAAGCGUACGAGUUCUUCGGUAGCAAGGGGCGACGUGUUUUGGCACUUGCCACUCGGCGGUUCGAGUCUCCCAGCGCUGCAUUCUCAGUCGAGGAAGGCAACUUUCCCUCUGACAGCUUGUGUUUCGUUGGUAUGGCUGCGAUCAUGGAUCCGCCUCGAGACGACGUCCCCGAGGCUAUUGCCAAGUGCAAGGAUGCUGGCAUCAAGGUGUUCAUGGUCACGGGCGACCACCCGCUGACAGCUCGCGCCAUCGCGACUGAAAUCGGUUUGCUCGACGAUCCCGACAACAUGCUGGAGCUAGUGUCGGCCAAUGAAGCUGCCGAGCUUCCAGACGAUUUGUACACGUACGACAGCGCAGUUGUGCAUGGUGGCGUGAUCAAUUCGCUCUCGGACGACGACCUGAAGGCCAUUCUGCGCUUGAAGUCGGUGGUCUUCGCCCGGACAACGCCUCAGCACAAGCUCCAGAUCGUGCAGGCCAGUCAGGAGCUGGGUGAAUGUGUUGGUGUGACUGGGGAUGGUGUGAAUGAUGCUCCAGCUCUGAAGCAAGCCGAUGUUGGAGUCGCGAUGGGGAUCAAUGGCAGCGACGUGGCUCGGCAAGCGGCAGACAUCAUCCUCAUGGACGACAACUUCUCCUCGAUUGUCCGUGGCGUGGAGCAAGGGCGUGUGAUCUUUGACAACCUCAAGAAGACCAUCGCCUACACGUUGACCCACCUGUGGCCCGAAAUCAUGCCUGUGGCGAUCAACUUGGCGCUUGGGAUGCCUGCGGGCAUGACCUCGCUCCAGAUUUUGAGCAUCGACCUCGGUACUGAGCUGGGCCCCGCGAUUUCCAUCGCCUACGAAGGUGCGGAGAGCGAUAUCAUGAAGCGGCCGCCGCGCAACCUCAAGAAGGACCGCUUGAUGUCCAAGUCGCUGCUGAUCUACGCCUACGCUGUGGCUGGUAUGGUCAACGCUGCUGGCUGUUUGGUCGCCUAUGGGACCGUCUUCUGGCGCAACGGCAUCUCCUUCUCGGACUUGUUCAUGAGCUCUGACGACCACUGGACGAGCGACGCCGAUACAUUCUGCAUCUCGGACGGCGAGUGCUUCAACGAAGAAGAGCAGACCCGGUUGCUGGAGGAGGCGUGCGGCUCGUGGUACAUCGCGCUGAUCGUGUGCCAGUUCUUCCACAUCUGGGUGGUCAAGACUCGCCGGACAUCUGUGGUCAACGCCAGCCCGUUGAAGAACACGGUCACAAUUUACGGUGCUACAAUCGAGAUCCUGAUCGUCGUUCUCGUCGUGUACGUUCCAGGUUUCCAGUCUUUCUUCGGGACUGGGUCAGCUGACUAUUUGCCGUGGUUGAUCGGCUGCGGCACCGGUGUCAUCACCUGCCUCUACAGCGAAUCGAUCAAGGCAAUUGCACGGAGGGAAAUUCCCGGACAGGAACGCUGCCUGGCUCGGUGGUUAGCGUGGUAA